UUUUGACCAUUCCCUAUGCAGCCUCAAUCCUCAUUGUCCUUGAUCUACUUUCCCUACAACCCCACAUUGACCCAUUAUUGGUUUCUUUGAUCUGUCGGUCCAAGACCCUAUUAUUAAUACCCUCUAAAAUAAAAACCCAACAUAUCUCCAUUUCUUGAUCUUAGCUCAAAUUUUUGGUUUUAAAUUUUAAUGGAGUCAUCAUCAUCAUCAUCAGCUUCACAAGAAGUCAAUGAGCUAAUUUCUUCAUCUUCAAAAAGAAGUGGCACUCUAAAUAUGGUUAUGGGAAAACAUCGUCUGGCUGCUGCUAUUGCUUCUCUCAAUCAGCAAAUCCAGAUCAUUCAGGAUGAAUUGGAUCAACUAGAUUCAUUUGGUGAAGCCUCCAUUGUUUGCAGAGAACUAGUUUCAAGCGUUGAGUUAAUGCCCGAUGCUCUGCUUCCGGUGACAAGAGGACCAAUAAAUGUUCAUUUGGAUCGAUGGUUUCACGGAGCCAGUGACUCAAGACGCAACAAACGCUGGUUAUGAAAAGGAAUUCAGAGUUUUGUAACAGAAAUUAUGUAAAGCAAUUCCAAAGGCCUCUUCUCUUUUUUGGCUUAUUUUGUAAUUAGAAAUUUUAACCCUGGCUACAAUGUCCAAGUAUUAAUAACAAUGUGUUACCCAGUAAGGAGCCAUGGCUAUUCAAAGAAACCUUUACCAGCC